UAAGAGGAGAAGCAAAUUUGCAAUAACCUUGCGAAUUAUGAAGUGGCGACCAAAAACUCUUCACAAUGCAAUGCUUCCAAUUAUGAUUCUAACCUGGGUUACUGGAUUAAGUUUAUUCGAAUACCCCUUGCAAACACCUCAACUAGGGCUUUCAUUUGUCUACAUUUUCAUAAACACUAGUGCUUACUACUACGCGUAUUCUCAUGAACCAAUUAUAGAAAUUUUAAAUCAAAAUGGAAUCAGGCAUAUUGUCUUCAAAAUUCUGAAAUACGCUAAUUUCUUUAUAUCAGCAUGCUGUGUUAUUAUCGGUUGGCAUUAUUACAGGGCAUACAAGAUUAUUAUUAAAAGAUUGGAAUUAUUAGAUGAAGCUUUGGAAAAUUUGGGUAUCCCAAAUAAUUAUCGGGCAAUUUUGAUAAAUUGUUGGAUAAAAACAUUCAUCUGGAUUACCAUGAUUGUCGUUGUUAUAUCAUUCGACAUACAUUUUUUAAUACAAAGGUUUGAUUUCGGCACAUGCUUGCACCUCUGUUAUUUACUUCAUUAUCCUAUUCACCUAAAUUCCGUGGUUGAUUUCACGUUUACGUCGAUACUCAAGUAA